GGUUGUUGGUGCAAGUGGUGCACUACUGCUGCACCAUUAAGUUAUCAUAUAAAUUUAAAGCAUUGCACCAGUGGCGAUGCCACUUGCACCAGCAACCCUAUGCUUAUUUCUGUUAAUAAUU